ACACUCCAUCUCUGAGCAAUAUCUUGUGCUUUCCGCAACUUCACCUAACUUUUUCUAGAGUUGAAGCAACUUUCCACUACUAUCUCCCGUUGACCUCUCCAUUAAUUAAUUCUUGAAAGCACUAUACUAUGUUACAUUCUAAUCCAAAUCAAAAUACACUAAAUGCAGUGGAUCAUAAUCUCAUCACCCUCUGGCUAACCUCUAUUUCCCUUGUUCUUCUUUUUCAUAUAUACUGGCACGGCUGCCACCACGGGCUGACUGAGUACCACCCCUAUCGGAAUAAGAACCACCUCUGCCACUCUGUGCACUGCCUCUAGCCAGUUGUGCUGUUUCACGGCUUUAAGCUGCGCCUUUUAACUUACCAUGGCUUUAAAUUCUGAUACUAAGAGAAAGAAAUCGUUAGUUUGCACUUGGCUAAUAUCUUGUGUACUUCUGCUUUCCGCUGCUUUCUUAAUAGGAAGCGCCUUCGUUAUCACUGAAUGUAAGGAGAAAAUUUUAGGAUGGCAAUUGGUUGAAGCCUUCACAAUGACGAAACCGAAGAAGUGUGAGGAUGAGUGCAGGCCUGAAGGAAGCGAGACACUGCCCAGAGGUAUUGUGGCUAAGACCUCUGAUUUAGAUAUGCAUCCACUCUGGGGUCCCCCAAAUAAAAGGAAAUCAAAAUCACCGAUGAGUUUACUAGCUAUGGCAGUUGGAAUUAAGCAGAAAAAGAAUGUAAAUGACAUUGUAAAGAAGUUUCCAGAGACUGAUUUUGUCAUUAUGCUUUUUCAUUAUGAUGGCGUCGUGGAUGAAUGGAAAGAUCUAGAAUGGAGUAGCACUGCUAUUCACAUUUCUGCUAUUAAUCAAACUAAAUGGUGGUUUGCCAAGAGGUUCUUACACCCAGAUAUUGUUGCAGAGUAUGCCUACAUAUUCCUGUGGGAUGAAGAUCUUGGAGUUCAAAAUUUCAAUGCUGGACGAUAUUUAUCAAUAAUAAAAGAAGAAGGUCUUCACAUAUCACAGCCAGCAAUUGAUGCAGAUAUAUCAGAAAUUCAUCACGAACUUACAGCACGAGAGAAGGUGUCAAGAGUGCACAGGAGGACAAUUAACCCAAGGGGUCCAGGAAGGAGGUGCUACGAAGACAGUACUGAACCUCCAUGCACUGGAUUUGUGGAAAUGAUGGCUCCUGUUUUUUCAAAGGCAUCGUGGCGCUGUGCCUGGUACAUAAUUCAGAAUGACUUCGUUCAUGCAUGGGGGGUGGACUUUCAGCUUGGAUAUUGUGCACAGGGGAACCGAACCACAAAUGUUGGGGUUGUUGACUCAGAAUAUUUGGUUCACUAUGGUCUUCCAACACUAGGUGGUGCAGAAAAUGAGAGGAGUGGGUUAGCACAAGGGCAAACUCCUAACCAGGAAAGCUCACCAAAGAAAGGCCAAAUGGGACUGCCAGAAUCUCAUCUGUCUGAUGCAAGAAAUGCUGUGCGGAAACAAUCUCUUGUCGAAUUAGAAAGAUUCAAGAAUAGAUGGGAAAAUGCUGUCAGAGAAGACCAAUGUUGGGUCGAUCCCUUUCGGCAGCCUGUGAAACAAAAAAGGUGACUGAAGGGAUGCAUCUUCAGACUUAAAAACUUAGAGACACUAAUUACAGUUAUUCUUUUAUGUCUUCAAGCUGAAGUUGGAAGGCUGAGAUAAUUCUUAUGGACUUCAAGUGCUCAUGAUAACAGAGGGACAUUGUCAAUUUUUAUAAACUCCAAUUAUGUAUAAAAACAAAUAGAAUAGUUCAGACAGACAGAGUAACUUAAGAUUUUCACCCUGUAGUUAUUUCUGUCUGAAACAGUUGCUGAAAAUAAAAAGCUGUCAAGCAGCUUAAAAUGAAAAUUUUAGCGUUUCUGUUGU